UGUAGCCCUGCGGCGUGUUUCAAAAACAGCUCGAUGACCUGAUACACUGCAGUGGCCAGAAAGCCUGCGCGCAGAACGUCCAGCUCGACCGCUGCGCUCCUUCGCCAUGUUGAGUCUUGCGUGGUGCUGGAGACUGGUGGACAAUUUCUUAUCGCCAGGGGAUCUUCCGUCGAGUUUCUUAUCGCUGCCGAUGACGGAAGUCUUCUCUGUGGACUUGCACUCGCUACGCGCUUGCUCCGGGCGACUGAUUGGGCGGCUAAACGACAGCCUUGGAGCGGAAGAUCGCUGCCCAAGCCCAAAACUAUGUACUACCGGCCUCCACCUGCAAGCCUAACACUGGCACUCCCUAGGUCCCCAUAGGUAUAGGUGCCCACUGCCACCUACCGACCUUAGCAGUGUGCUAAUAAUACUCCUGCCAUAACUCUACUAGCCUACUAGUAUGCUGGUAGUGCUGCCAGACACCUACAACAUUUCCUGACUAACACAACACGGGCACUGGCCCUACUACUAUCGUGCAUCGUCGUACCGACAAUCCAGAACCCUUCCCUUCGCUCACCGUCUCACUCUGCCCACAGCGACGACUACAGCUUCAACACAUCUCCUCCCGGCCCGUCGAACCCUGCCGCCAUCCUCCGGGGACCGAUUGUCCAAACUCCUCAACUCUACCAGCGAUAAUCGAUCGAUCGGAGCCUCCCGCACUUUGUCAAGGGUCUCUCGUCCGGUCUCCCUGCGGGCACGCGCGACUCGUCACUCAUCAGGCAUGUUGGGUUGAUUGUACUAUCAACAGUUCAAGAGUUCUGGAAGGUUGAGGCAAUCAUACCGCCUUGCGGAUAGACGUCUGUUCUGCCUAUAAGCUUGUGACACCACCAGUGCUCGAGAACGAUAUGUUGGUAGCCAGCGGUGAUUUGUGGUACUUUUGCUGGUGCCCAACGUCGUGAACCAGCUACCGCGACAUUGUCCUAGUGCAGGACCGCUGUCGCGUAGGGAUAUGGUCUCCAACAGAGAAAUGAUGGAUAACCAGCGUCCACAAUAUAUACCUGGCCCUCCUCCACCGCCGGGACAGGGAACCCUAAGUCAUCUUCCUCCGCCUCCGCCGAGGCCCUAUCCACAGUCAAACCUCCCACCACCGCCCCGUGGACCACAUCCAUCGGCAUUGCCAUUGGGGACAGUCUUUGGCCUUCCAGGAGCAGGAUGGUCACAACCAUGGGGAAGAAGUGGCAUGAGUCAAGGGUUCCCCCCUCCGCCCCCGAUCGGUCACAAUCAAGCGCAGAAUCAACAUUUACCCUAUGGAAUGCGACAACCAUCUCACAUGACCCUUCCUCCUCCGCCUCCUCAGAAUGACAAGCCUAUACUAUCUGCCACGUUCAUACCGACUGGUGAUUCUUUCGGUCCAGGCGUGGGCAUCCCUCCUCUCGAAGACUACUCCACCUACUCUCGCUAUGACGCCCAAGCCAAUCCCGAGCCAUUGCGUUCGCAGCCGGACCAAAAGUUUUCAGACGGGACCGUGACCUCGCAUAAUUAUCCCUAUCCAAAUCCUUCUCACCCUAGUCCAGACGUCGCAAACCGAGAAUCGCGUGCCACGUCGGCUUCUUCCAGCCGACCUCCUUUUACUCUGCCGGUGCGGGACACCGAAGAGCCCCUUUCACCUGGGCCUCCUACUGCGACGCUCCAAAACCCUCAAACAAGUAAUGACCAUGGUCGGCAACGCGCACAUAGUGCCGCAGUCACGAGUGGAAAUACAAGCGAACUCGCGUCUCAAUGGCCUCUGGACCGCGUACUCAUAUGGCUGGCUGCCAAUGGAUUUUCGAAUGAUUGGCAAGAGACGUUUCGGAUCCUCAAGUUAGAAGGCUCGGAGUUUCUAGAUCUUGGGCGCGGUCCUAACGGUCGAGGUAACCUGGGCAUGCUCCAUCAAACGAUCUAUCCACAACUGGCCAAAGUUUGUUCCAGCAGCAGUACUGGCUGGGAUCAAGCACGUGAACGUGACGAAGGGAAGAGGCUGCGCAAGCUCAUCUCCCGCCUUGUAGAGCAGGGCGGCGAAGGUCCAUCGAGCGCAGGACAUGGCCACCGCAGACGAGAAUCUGGGCUGAUUCCAAGCGCAUCGACAGAAGGCACCGUGGAGAACUCACCUCACCUCCUUAGGUCUGAAUUUAGCACUACCCCUGGUACCGCUGGUCCAGAAGGAAGUCCGGGAAAACAAAUGCCGGCGCAGUUCCCGACAGGCUUGAAUGCACGAACCUCCCAGGCGAGGAGCAGUACAAUGCCUGUUCUGAGCAAGAACAGCAGCAGUUCCUCCACUCCCAGCGACACCAAACCGCCAGACAAUCUACAUGGCGGGAAUCGUGCGGACUACACAAGAAACGUCCUUACUGGCGUCAACAGCCGUGGUCGCCAUAGCCCUCAUAUGUCCGGCGACACAUCUAGCGGCUUGACUGCAAAAGGAUUCGAAGCAUCUCCGAAUGCCAGUCCUGGUCUCGGAAGUGCAGUUCCUGCUGCUCCUCAAUCGUAUCGGCCGGAACACAGUAAAAGUAACAGCACCGAUUCGAUGCUCAAGGCAACUGGCCAUCCACGUUCUAACCUCAACGCUCAAGGCUCGCUUGAAAGCGGCAGGGCUGUUGCCAGUGACGGCACCAUUUCCGGACGUUACUAUGCAGAACGCCGCGACGCGCAGGAGACAACGAGACCGUCACCUCUUGAUACACACCGGACUUGGAGCAACGAUUAUGCCCCAGGGCCGGGAGGGAAGGAUCAGAGCAAGGGAUUCUUGAGCAAAUUCAUGAGAAAACGACACGAGCACAACCAGCCAGCUGCGGAUGAGCAUGCUCUAGAAUCUCCCACAAGCCCGGGCGGUUUCCGCUUCUUUUCUAAGCCGAAUGCGAAUGGAAGUGAAACUGCCUUGUCGCAACGUCCAGCCUCCUCGAGUGUGACCAGCGAAGAUGAAAGACCCCAACUAGCCCGCCGGACCCCGUCUAUCUCCCGGAGAUAUAUCUUCGUGACCCCUGACGGUUGGAACUAUCGACUUGUUGACGUGACAGAGGCGGAGAGUGCUGCUGCAUUGCGUAGCCAUAUCUGUAUUGAAUUGGGUAUUCCAGAUGCUGAAUAUGUUCAGAUCUUCGUCACUGAACCCGGUCAGACUGACCAUGAUAAUCCGCUUUCAGACAGCACGCUUCUUUCGAUUCGCAGUCGGACCGACAACUCGGCAAGUUUGAAACUAUACGUGCAGAGCCCGACACUUUCUGCGAUCUCAGGUCCUACUGGCCAGUCGGCAGGUCUUGGGGUUACGCUGAAUCAAGGAGCUCAGACUGAAUCCUUCUCGCGAGGUGCCCCAAUGGCCAAAUCCAACUCGGCCAGCGGAGUCGACCGCAACGGCUAUCCUGGACUGCUAUCGCCAAAUGCCGAGCAAUCUGGGGUUGAUGCCGACCUGCUCCAAAAGCAGGAGGAGUACCGAAGGCAGACAGAGGCCAAGCACAGGGCCUACUUGGAAUCUCGUCGAGCACAGAAAGAACAAAGCUCGACGUACAAUGGAAGCGGCAUUCGAGGGAGCACCGUCAUAGACUUUGACACGCCUCGCAUAUCACCUUUCGACGACAAGAAGGUUGAUACGCUAGUACCUGUGCGACGGCCACCUACGGCACCGGCGGAGUCAACUACUUUAACCAAAGUCAACUCCUUGAGGGCCAAAGGAUCUGGCAGCAGGUCUUCGAUGGACGCCUUGAAGCGGAUAUCCAACCCUAUCGCGGAAGAAGAAGCAGAGCGCGCCAGAAAGAGGACUGAUGUCGGUCCAAUCGCACAGGGAGGGAUCGGUGCAGCCUUAGCAAACGUGGGCAAAAUGGCCGGGGCUCCCGCUGCCGUUGGUAGUCAAGGCUCGCAGGCUGAAAGAAGCCGAGGGGUGCAGCCGACUGACCCCAGUCUCAAGAGCAACAAUGCAGGUUUUGGUGUGCCACAGUACGACAACCGACCGCGCAAGGGGGCUCCAGAUGAUGUCCGACCAUAUGCGCAAUCCCCUAGUGUCAGUCCUUCUACAGCCAAUGCAGCUCGACCAGGCCUUCCGACCAGGAGAUCUUAUGGGCCGGACUACGAAUUCAAAGAGACAAAUAUUACAUUCGCUCCUUCACCUGUUCCGGCCAAGGCAGGAGAUGACUCGGAUGACGAUUCGGAUGACGGCCUAUUCGCCAUUCCACUGGCGAACAAGUCGAUUCCCAAAGGCGAUGGUAGAAGCAAUGGCAACAAGGACCAGAGACCAGCCUUAACCGUCGAUACAGAUCAUAACGCGGGGAAGAACGUUCGUUUCAAAUCCCCGGGCUCGUCUGCUGAGAUGCCUGGCAACCCCAAUGCAGGGGAGGACAGUGCGACGGCUAGCGGAGACGGCUACCAACCCAGUCUCUCGGAGGGCAGUUUCAGUGGUUCAGCACAAUCUCCAGAUGACCGAAUGGGCAGGAGAGAUUCCUUCGUCAGCGAUAUCUGGGCGAAUCGACCGGCCGUGGAAAAUGUCGUCCAUCAUCUGGACGAAUUCUUCCCAGGCGUGGACCUGGACAAACCUUAUCUAGAAGAAAAGGGCGACAACAACUCACCCAUGAGGUCAGCCGACUAUGAUCCUCUUGAAAAUGUCCAGGCUGCCCGCUCCGGAGGUCUUACUUAUGGUACCGCCGGGCUGGACCUGAACUUCGGCCGCAAAAGUGAGUCAGAUACACUCGGGUCGGAUGAGUCGACUCUGAAGGCGAAAGAUCGGGACAAGAUAGCCAACGUUGCACAAAGACAAGUGGGGAAAUCGACGGGUGGCAUCACUCGGAUGAAGUCAAUUCGUGAAGUGGCCCAGAAGCGCAACGAUAUCAGAAGAGGUCCUUCGGUCGCGGCGAGGGUGGAGCAGGCCAACUCGGGUAUUGUCCGACGAAAGAGCACCAAGAUGUUUGGCGCCAAUAUUGUUCAGAUCAAACCAAAGCCAGGCAAUCGUCUAUCGACCUUGGACCCAAUUCCACAAGAAGAAGUUCCUUCGGACGACAUGCCCAAGCGGCAGGCAACGUUCAAGAUCAUCCGCGGUCAACUGAUAGGCAAAGGCACGUAUGGUCGUGUGUACCUCGGUAUGAACGCGACGACGGGCGAAUUCCUCGCGGUGAAGCAGGUCGAAGUCAACCAGAAGGUGGCCGGACAAGACAAAGACCGGAUCAAGGAGAUGGUGGCGGCAUUGGACCAGGAAAUCGACACGAUGCAACAUCUGGAGCAUCCGAAUAUCGUGCAAUAUCUUGGUUGUGAACGUAAGGAGUUUUCGAUUAGUAUCUAUCUCGAAUAUAUCCCCGGAGGGUCGAUAGGCAGUUGUCUGCGCAAACACGGCAAAUUCGAGGAACCGGUGGUGCGAUCACUCACGCGACAGACGUUGGAAGGGUUGGCAUAUUUGCACCACGAGGGGAUCUUGCAUCGAGACUUGAAGGCGGAUAACAUCCUGUUGGACUUGGACGGGACGUGCAAGAUAUCCGACUUUGGCAUUUCCAAGAAAUCGGACAACAUCUACGGCAACGACGCGACCAACAGUAUGCAAGGGUCUGUUUUUUGGAUGGCCCCCGAAGUGGUGCGGUCCCAGGGCCAGGGCUACAGUGCCAAAGUCGACAUUUGGUCCUUGGGCUGUGUGGUGCUGGAAAUGUUUGCCGGCAAGAGGCCGUGGAGUCGAGAAGAGGCCAUCGGCGCAAUCUUCAAGCUCGGCAGUCUGAGUCAGGCCCCGCCUAUCCCGGAAGAUGUGCAGUCGACUGCCACGGUCGAUGGGCUGAAUUUCAUGUACGACUGUUUUCAAGUCAAUCCGACCGAUCGUCCAACUGCCGACACUCUCCUGCGGCACUCGACCUUCUGCGUGCCUGACCCUUACUAUAAUUUCUAUGAUACCACCCUGGCCGCCAAAUUGAGGAGUGUGGAUGGCUCUGCUCUUGGUGGGUAGGGUAGGGUAGGUAAAUCUGAUUUGAUGAUGGGAUGGAUCGAAAGCGUGGUUGGAUAUAAUUCAGCCCUGAUUUCGAACGAUUCACUGGCACUCACUCCUCCGCUUAUUUACCAUAUUAUAUCUGCCACCUCACUACCCACUACCCACUACCCACUGCCAUACAGUACUUCGAUCUACUCUGCAAUGACAAACAACGGGCAAGCUGAGGUGGACAUGACAGGCUAGGAACCAACACGAGGCUGGCUGUUUUCUUACUACCUUGAGAUGCCGCAAAAACGGCACAACUUGACCCGACUGAUCUUUGUUAUGACGUGAUGAGAAGUUGGACCGAUUUCAGCUCAUGCAAACAAGCAAGCAAGCAAGCCAAAUGUGUAAUUAUGUACUGUAGCUAUAUUAUAUUAGUAUUCGUUGUGUUUGGUGCGUGUGUGCGUGUGUGUGUGCGUGUGUGUGCGUGUGUGUGUGGGCGGGUGGCGCGAAGAGAGAGUGCUGUGUGUACUUGGACACGAGUAUAGCAUCUGAAGUUGAUUUUGGGUGACUGAAGCCGAUAACGAGCAGAGAGCCUGCGGGAAAACUACCUAAGGUCGGAUCGUACGGUGCUUCUACCACUGCAUACCUACUAUACUAUUAUGCUAUAACCAUACAAGACCGUGAGCACGUUCUAACAAGAGUGUAUUUUACGAC